AUGAGUUCUGGGAAAGACGAUGCAGAGCCCUCGAAGGAGUCUGUCGAGGAGAUCGAGCAUAUCAAGCUGGAACAGCUAGACUGCGAGAAGGAUCAGUCUGAGCUGAGUGGAAUUGAGGCGACGGCCGCGUCCAAGGCGGCUUGGUUGAUCUCUGUUGUUGUUUCGAUUGGUGGUCUUUUGUUCGGAUAUGACACGGGCUACAUCUCCGCAGUGCUAGUCACCAUCGGCGAGUCGCUCGGCCACACGCUCAGCUCGAGCGAGCAGGAGAUGGUGACCUCGCUGACGAGCGGCGGCGCCCUGGUUGGAGCCGUGGCGGCUGGUCUCACGGCUGAUCGCUUCGGUCGUCGCUGGCCGAUCUGGGGAUCGUGCUUUUUCUUCGUCAUUGGGACUGUCCUGCAGACAGCUGCGUACUCUGUGGCCCAGUUCGCGACAGGACGAUUCGUGGUUGGGUUGGGAGUAGGCGGUGCGGCGAUGAUUGUGCCGCUGUACAUCGGCGAGCUGGCCCCCGCCCAAUACCGCGGCCGCAUGGUCGCCUUCAACAACAUGAGCGUCACCUUCGGCCAGCUCCUCGCCAGCGCGCUGGGCGCGGGCUUCGCAGAGGUAAAAGGCGAGGCCUGGCGCGCAACCGUCGGCAUCGGCGCCGCACCAGCCCUGAUCCUCGCCGGUCUGCUAAUACUUUGCCCCGAGUCUCCACGCCAGCUCGUCUCACACGGAAAACGCGAAGAAGCCGAAGCCGUCCUCCUGCGCAUCUACCCAUCCUCCACAGCCCUCCAACGCGAAGCCAAGAUCCGCUCCAUCGAGCUAUCCUUGCAUGAAAGCACAGAUUCCAUGACAGAAGAAUCUCUCUGGACAACCUUCAAGCGGAUCUUUACGACGCCCUCGACAGGGCGAGCGGUGCUUACAGCCUGCGUGAUUAUGGCUAUUAGCCAGCUGGGCGGAUUCAAUACAUUGAUGUACUAUGCCGCCACUCUAUUUUCGAUUGUUGGGUUUGAAAACUCUGCUGCUGUGGGCAUUACAGUCUCUGCGACUAAUUUCGUCUUUUCGAUUGUGAAUCUGGUGUUGGUUGAUAAAUUCGGCCGCCGACUCAUUCUCAUGACGACCGUGCUGGGCAUGGCGUUGUGCAUGAUGGUCGUGGUAAUUGCGUUCCGGUAUAUCCCCGUGAACCUCGACACGCUGGAAGUGGAGAGCAACAACGUCGGCUGGCCGGGGACUGUUGUUCUUGUCAUGAUUAUUCUUUAUGUAGCGUGCUACUCGUCCGGUGUUGCGACGAUUGCUUGGAUUGGGACUGAGCUUAUUCCGUUGGAGGUUCGCGCUGUGGGGACUAUGAUGAAUACCGUCACCUGCUGGGGCACCAACAUCAUCAUCUCCUCUACCUUCCUCUCUAUGAUGAAGGCCUGGACCCCCAGCGGUGCAUUCGGUUUCUACAUGGCCAUUUGUUUCUUCGGCUGGCUCUUCAUCAUCUUCUUCUACCCCGAGUGUAAGGGGAUGCCGCUUGAGGCUGUCCGCGAGGUUUUCAACAAUGGAUUUGGCGUGGGAUAUUCGAAGCAGUGGCAGAAGGAGCAUAAGCAUGAUCGGAAGGUUACCACGAUAGCUAUUGGGCAUUAG